AUGGCCGAGAUCACGACACUAGACGCCCUGCAGGCCCUGCACCGCGAGCUGUUGACGCUGAGCAGCGGUGGGGGAAGCGACUCCGACAACCUGAGCAACGAUCUGCUAUUCGAAAUCUUUGAGAAGGAGCUGGCGGCGAUAUGGGAGCGUCCCAAGAAGAGCGACAAGAGCCGUGCCACGGUCAAGACCGGCAAGGUCUCUGUUGACGGCAGCCAGUACUCGCUCAACGACAAGUUCCAGCAGGAUGUAUUUGCGCUAUCUGACGAAAUAGACCUCGACGAGGUGGAGGCCGUCCGCUAUCUCCUCGAUUCCCAAGACGACGUCUCUGUCAUGGGCCGAUCGCUUCUCGAGUGCGCCGUGAUCCGCUUCCAUCAGCAGCGGAAGUACGUUCUCGACUCGUUCAGGCUGUUUCUGGAGCUGAACAACAUGGACUACGACGGAGAAGAACCGAGCGCGUUGGAGACGAUCAAAGCCUAUCGACUUGCGACGCGAUGCCUACGCGCGAUGGGGGAAAUCAAGACUUGGCUGCAGCGGCUGGGAGAGAAACUGACGGCGGCGCAGACUCUGGGGACUGUUCCCACGGAUGAGCUUCCAGAGGAGCUGGAGACUGUCGAGUUCUCGCGCGUCAGCCUGAUUCAGCAGCACGAAGCUCUGGGUGUCAUCCUGUGCGAGUGCGUGGACAAGGGGCAGGCCGAAACGGCAGACUUUCUGGAGUUCAUUUCUGUCCUGAAGAGAUGGGAUAAAUACGACACAUUGCUUGUCCACCUCGUUCCGGCAAUCGGCGCAUACAUGUCGGUCUUUGCAUCGUCCGAAGGCGGCUACGACUUGAGGCAAGGCAGAGAGCUUAACAGCAAAAUCUUCCCUCCCGCAGACGACUCGACCUGGCCACUUCCGUUCUUACACGCCACCGUUCGUGCUUGGUGGCUUGCAGAGUACAGUGGGUGGUAUCUGGACGAUCCUCCUGAAUCUGCGAUUCCGCCAGGCACCGACCUUGACCGAGAGGAUCGCCAGAGGUCCAAGCAAUUCAUAGACUCCUUGAAAGAUGGCGCGUUCGAUUUCAUGCUCUCGGUGGCUGGAGAUGUCCGCUCUCCGGACUGGCACGACUCUGUUCGCGCCGGCAUGCGCAAGUGGCUACAACGAAAAUCAUCACCACUGGUCUCCGAGCGAACCCAGUUUUCCAGCUUCUUUCAGCUGUGCUUAAUGUCGCAGUUUGAAGUCUUUGUCGACGCGUUCAUCACCAAUUUACCCGACGUCCUGCGGAAGCUCCGGGUGGAGGAAGACGAGCAGCGCCAACUCAGCCAAACGCACGAGCAAGACCUAGAUCUGGAGAGGUUUCUGUUGAUAAUCGCAUAUGCCUAUGAGGGCCGACCAGAUGCCGCUGCAAACUUCUGGCAAGACCCAGACAGCAACCUCGCUGGGUUCAUGCAUUGGGCCUCUCGGAGAGCCUCGACACCUUUGGUUGCGGCAUUCUGCGAGAUGCUCCAAGCAAUUUCCGUAAACGACGAGUGCGCCACAGCUGCGCACGAGUUCCUCCUGGACGAAGGCCAUCACUCAUCCGGCAAGAUGAGAAGGACUCAAUCUCUGACCUGGACUCAGAUUUUCAAGGAGCUCGACUUCUUCUCGGACAAGAUCAGGCAAAAGCCCAUUCAAACGCAGUCGGUAAGAUUUCGUGGUGGCAAGCUCUCCGCGGAUGUUAUAGAAACCGAACCCGAGUCGUCUAUGAUGUUGGAGUGCUACUUGCGUCUCAUAACCAAGUUGGCGAGCGAGAGCGAGACUACGAGACACUUUUUACUGCUAAACUCUGGUUACAACCUGGUCGACAUGCUGUACGAGCUGGCCAGCAGCCCCAUUCCUUCUCAGCUACGCGGUUGCGUCUUUCUCGCACUGAGAGCUCUGAUAAGCCGCAAGAGUCUUCAGGAGAAUCACGCAAUGUGGAGAUGUCUGGAGAACUGGAUCUCAGGCGGCUACGUCGGUGCUGCCACGGGCACGCUUCGACCGCCACAGCCGGCACCUCUAGUGUCAAUGGACCGCAUCUUUGAUGAGAUGAGCAACGGCUUUGAGGACCCUGAGUCCUUCAUCAAGCUCUUACUUGAGCUGGUCACCCCAGCAAGCGAUGCCAGUCCUCUGAACGACGGUCUGCCAUUCCCGGAAAACCUCGGUGCCAGCUCUCGAGCGCCUGGCAUCGAAGUCUACGUCGACUUUGUCAUUGGCCUUGUCUUCUCGUCAAAGAUUCAGGAGCUGCAAGAUGUUCAUCAAAUAAGGGUCCUCCGGCUUAGUUGCUUGGAGUUUAUCCUUGCUUGCCUCACCACUUUCAACGAGGAUCUAUUGGUGUUGGCGAACGAGACGAACAUUGCCAUCGAUUCCCUCGUCUCGACAACGGAUUUGGCGACAUACGUCAGAAUGCAUCCCUUUGCACGCGUCAUGGAGUGGAUGUUUAACGACAGAGUGAUGUCGGCCCUCUUCAACACCAUUCACCAGAAGUCUAUCGAUAUUGGCAACGCGACUCCGGACUCACCACUCAUCUUGGGCGUGCUGCGUGCGGUAGAGGUCAUCACAAAAGUCCUUGAUCUUGAAACGACCUAUCUUGACCUCGUGCGUCCGCUCAUCAAGAGCCAAGCCGGCCCGCGAAGACACCCCGUAGCGAAUGCUGCCUAUGCCUCGUUCCAAGAUGGGUUGGUGACGAGACUGAACCUGGUGGUGGACCUCGGAAAAUACUGCGGCGUAGGUCACCCUGACCUGACUUUGGCCUGCCUCAAGCUGUUGGAGAAGAUGGCUUCGUCAUCCAAGAUCACGGCUGCCUGGUCGGGGACGAAUCGACAUGCCCAUCGAAACAAGGCGAUUGUUGCUAUGGAAGCGAAUGGAGAGCACGAGGGCAUAUCACGAGCAUUCAUCGCCGAGGUGAUGGCGCCCCUUGAGCCAGCAAGCGGAGCAGACUCCCCCCUCUACACUACCAAGGUUUACAUCUUGGACUUUCUAUAUCAAUGUCUUCGGACGACGCCAAAGGAGCCCACCAUCGCGCAUUUGCUGCUGGGAUUCAAGUGCGGGCUGGAUUCGCUUUCGAUUGAAGUCAAUAGCGCGUUUGCCUCUCGCACGUCAUUAUUUCACACUGUCCUGGGGCUUUUGCUAGAGUCUCCCUCCAGCGAUGCUGUUGGCAUAAGACAGUGGUUAAUUGGCAUCAAGUCCCGUGUGAUGCGCAUAUUACACAUUCUUUGGAGCUCGCCGCUGUCAUCAGCAAUCGUUGUUCGAGAGCUUCGCGAGAACGAGCUUCUAUUCCACCUUCUUACCCGCGAAACAGUUAUCCAUCCCGACCUCUCCUGGGAAGGCCAAAACGUCGGAAACGCGCAGUUCCCGAUGACCGAUGGAGCGGUCACGCUAAUUGACUUCCUGACGCUUCGGAGUAUGACUUUGGAAUACAUCGCCAUGGAGCUCUGCAAGAUAGCUCAGGGGCGUAUGCCUGGUGUCAAGAGACGAAUCUUUGAUGCCCUCAACGGCCAAAUUGUCCUAGAGGGCAAUGAAACGAUUCAAACCCCGACCGUCUUUGACCUGUUCGAUUUCCUUCUGCCGGACGGAUUCUGGGAGAUCCCGCCGCCAUCGAUCCAGUUCUACAAGGAUCUGGAUCUCUCUGCCUGUCUAGAGAAGGACGAUGAUGGCAACCCGAUCUACAACCUUGACCGCGUGAGGGAGAUUCUCCUUUUGAAGAGAGGAGAAGCGCAACAGAGCGCGGUCAUUGCGGCUAAUGACAUGGCACUUAUCGAGAGGGAAGAGGUGCUGAUUCUGGAGUACCUUGUGUCCUGCGACAGACAAAAGCAGAUUUCGGCACAGUGUCUCCGGGUUCUGCGGUCCUGGAUCAAGGUGCUGCUGGUCAUGGUUGAAUCUUGUGACUACAGAGGCGCGGCGCAGACGUCAUUCUUCCUUCAAGCGUUGCAGGCCAUUUUGCCAAGCCUGGAAAUGUUCGCCUCAGAACGUCCGGAUGAAGCCCUGGAGCUGGCCAAGCUGGCAAGGGUCCUGCUCUUUAAGAUGGACCUGUCGCCUUUGCCCACUGAAGACAAGAGCAGUAGCGCCAUUGGCAACCUGGUCAGCGACAAGCUGUACCAGCUCUUCCAGAUAUGCCUCCAGGCCAUUGGCAAGUGGGCAGGCUCUCCCGAGUUGAGAGCUGUUUACUAUGAAAUCUGCUAUCGGUAUCUGACUGGCAUGUCUGAAGAACAAGGACCACUGACGGCUAGCCGCCCGAAGACGUUCAAGACAGUACAGGUAUACGGAGAGCGACUGCUCAACGUCGUUUGCGAUGAUGCCUACUGCGGAGAGCCCGCGUGCCAAACGGCGGCCCUCAUCUUCCUGGGGGCGUUGGUUCACAUGGACAGCCAACAGCGAGAGAGCUAUAUUGUUGAGACGCUUAACAAGCUGAACUUUAUCGGCAUUCUCAUUGACUCUUUACGGAACAUUAUGAAGGAAUGGCAUGAUAUCUUUGCAUCCAACAACACCGACCAGAAAAACUUCCAAAACGCCCGCCUCGCCAUCAUCCUCCAGCUGGCCCAGUCCCGCAUCGGCGCCAAGUACAUCCUCCACGCCAACCUGUUCCGCACCCUGGAACACUCCGGCCUCUUUGCCGCGGACCCCGAGCUGCAGACCAACCCGGCGAACCCUCGAGCCCUGGAGCAGCAUUACGACCUGCUCGCACGCGUCGUGCGCAUCAUUGGCGCCGCCAUUCUGAGCCGCGGCAACAACAACGUGGCCCAGGGACGCAAGUUCCUGACGGAUCACCGCAUGCUCGUGAGCCAUGCCUUGAAGCGCAGCGCCGGCAUCGGCGCAGGCAAGGAGGACCAGCGCCUGGAGGAGCGCAUCGAAGAUCUUGCUGAUGCGCUGGUGGUUGUUAUUGCUGCCACGAGCUUCCUGGAUUUUGAAAAUGACAUUUUACCUGAGCCUAAACAGCAUGACCAGCCGCUGUUCCAUUGA